AUGAAGCUCACUCUAGCUUCCCUCCUCCCAGCGGUAGCCUUUGCAGGACGGCUAUCUCAAAUCCCAUUCCAAGAAACGCCCGAAGUCGAGGCCUUCCAAGUCUAUCAAAGCGAAUACUCUGAACACCACUCUCUGCGGAUAAAACAACAACAGAAUGGCUCCCUCUGCGAUGCGCACUCAAAACAAUACACUGGAUGGCUAGACGUCGGCUCAAAACAUCUCUUCUUCUGGUACUUCGAAUCACAGAGUUCACCAUCCGAGGAUCCUCUUGUGUUAUGGUUGACAGGCGGGCCGGGCGGUUCUUCUAUGAUUGGUAUGCUCCAGGAGAAUGGGCCAUGCUUGAUUAACGAGGGCGGCAAUGGGACGCAUUACAAUGAAUUUGGAUGGAGCAAGAAUGCGAAUCUGCUGUUCAUUGAUUCUCCGGCUGGUGUUGGCUUCAGUUAUCUGGACGAAGGAGUCCCUCUGCCGGGAGACAGUUUCACGACCGCAGCAGAUCUACAUCACUUCCUACAAAUCUUCGUUGGCGAUGUCUUCUCAGAUCUCGCGGAGAGAGACUUUCACAUCACCGGCGAAAGCUACGGCGGCCACUACUGCCCAGCACUAGCCGCACAAGUGGUCUCUCAAAACCUUUUGUAUCCGAAACGCCAGCAAGUUAACCUCCGCUCCAUUUUCGUCGGCAACGCGUACGUCUCUCCCGUCGACACUGCCUUCGGCUAUUGGGAGACUCUUUGCACCACCAAUCCCGGUGUAGAAGAACCCGUCUUCAACAAAACUCGCUGCGACAUCAUGGCCGCCAACCUCCCGCGCUGCCUCGACCUCGCACGCCUUUGUUACGCGCAUCCCGAUCCCGCCAUCUGUGGAGCCGGUUCGACAGUCUGUUGGCACGGCGUGAUCAAGUACUACGACGGCGAGUCAGGCGAGGGAGGCGACCGCAACCGCUUCGACAUUAGCAACCCAUGUAAAUCCGGAGAUGACUUGUGCUACCUCGAAUCCGGAUGGAUCGAGGAGUAUCUAAACCAGCCGCACGUCUUCGAGGCGCUGCACGUGCCCAAGGCGGUUGCGAACUACAGCGUUUACAACAUGAACAUUGAGUACGCAUUUGAGCUCACGGGCGACCAGGGCAUCAGCCUCCAACCACAAGUUCUCUACUUGCUUGAGAACGGUAUCGAUGUGCUGUUCUACCAGGGUAAUUAUGACCUUGCGUGUAACACUGCGGGGAAUAUUAGAUGGGCGGAGUCGAUGCCGUGGAAAGGGCAGCCUGCUUUUGUUGCUCAGCCUAGGAAGACGUGGAAGCAUGGUGGCAAGGGAGUAGGGUGGUACAAGGAGGUUAAGAUUGAGACGGCGAGUGGGAGGGAGACAACUUUCGCUGUUAGCACGGUGGACGCUGCGGGGCAUAUGGUCCCGUACGACAAGCCGGAGGAGGGACUGGCAUUAGUGAACAGGUGGAUCAGUAAGAGGAGCUUUGCGUGA